UGCCAACCAGCGAUAAACCUCACCGAAGAAGAAGAACAAGAAGAAGAAGAASAAGAAGAACAAGAAGGGCGAAGCAACGCGAAGGUAGGCCAUGGCUCGCGGUCAACAGAAGAUUCAAUCCCAGCAAAAGAACGCCAAGGCGGCAGCUGCUAAGAAGAAGGGAGCGGCAGCAGACCAGAAGACUGCAGCCAAGGCAGCACUGGUCYACACCUGCCCCGUCUGUCGGACGCAGGUGCCGGACCCGAAGACGUUCAAGCAGCACUUUGAGAGCAAGCAUCCCAAAUCCCCAAUGCCCCCAGAGCUGGAUGAUGUUGAGGCUUAAAAGACCAACACACACAAUGGACCUACAGCUGGACACAGGAUGACCACGAUUAGAGCACUGCAACUGGAACUAAAUGGCGUCAAGAGACAAAACACUGAGACCCCUGGACAUGGGUGGGGGAAUAUGUGUGACAAUGACCUAAAAUGGGGGCAGAGGCACACCAGCACCCCAUCUUAUAUGUCCAACCACCCCUCAACUUCAAGCACCCACCCAUUGAAGCACCCAUCUUAAUUAUAUGAGCCCACUCUACCUACUUUCCUUUUCCCUAUGCUGCUUCCUUCAUUCAUUCCUGAUUCAAUACACGUCUAAAAGUGUCAUGGUGUUACUGUUUUUCCAACUUUUUCUCAUUUGUGUACCGCUGUCUUACUUUUACCCCAACUCUUUUCUAUACCUCCUCUAUACUCUUGUGCAAAUCAUUUCUGCUUUCUUUGAGAAUGGUGUCAUAGUGGAAAAGAUGUGUUAAUUGCCCAAGACUGAGCCUUGUUCUGCCUGUAAAAGGCCCUGGUCGACACAGUGCCAAAAUCCCUUUUGAUWGUCGCCGGGUCCACGUUGUAACAAUUGUAUUUUGCAUUUGACCAUUUCCAAGAACUGUAGCAAUAUAUAUGAAAGCAUUCCUCUGCCUAUUUGAUCCAUUCAGAAGGAAAGCAGUGAAUAUGUUKUGUGUGUGAGAGAAUAUGUAUGCCUUGUAAUGCUAGCAGAAAAUGUGUUACUUCCAAAUGCAAGUUAAAUGCCAUUCCGUCUAUACUGAUACCAGACUAAUGCAUACUUAUAAGUAUUUUCAAAUGUAUUUCCAAUAUACUGAAAUGCUAUGUAGCUGAACAGGAGUGACACUGUCAAGGAUUGGAGUUUCUGGAGGUCUGUGUUCACUGGCAUUUCCUUUCACUUCUGCAUCAAAUCAACCUCUACAAUAUAUAUUCUACUUAUUUUAUUACAAAAAUAGCAGUACACAGUCCUCCAUAAAUAUAUUGACAAUGACACAUUCCUGUGUAUUGGUUCCUCUGUACAUAGAAAAACUGCAAAAAAAAUAGAAUGACAUUUGCCAUUGCUACUAACUUGUACUGGUUAAAGUAUGAUUAAAGAAAUGCAAAAAAAA